AUGAUGGCCUUGCAGGAAAGUCCUCUCCCGUCAAACAGGUUCAGUUUUCCGGCACUGAACAGCAGCUGCACCGUGGACGUGGUUGCAAUUGUGGAUGCAUGGCCGCUGGGGAAGCUUCUCAGACCUUCAAAAAUCAAUCUGUGUGACGGAUUGGCACAAAUACCAAUUGUGCUCAACGAACCGAGCUGCUGGUUAGCAAAGGUAAAGGGAACGCAUCUCGUGAGGAAGUCCGGUCUAGGAAGGGCAGACACAUUUUUCAGAAUCACCACAGUGAACAACUGGAACGAGCAAGCACCCAAAAGCGCCAGCAGUGCGCAAUGGAUAUCCCACACUCUUCUUGCUGGAGGCAGGCGUGUGACCAGGAUACCGGCCAAAACAACAACGAUGAUGGGCACCACCACGGCCACCACAAUCAGCAGCCAAAUGGGCACCAUGGUCUUGGACUCCUGGACAUACAUGUGCAUGAUGGAGGUGUCUCUAACAUCAAAGUCGCUUGUUCUGGGCGUUCCAAAAACACCAUAA